AUGUCUUGCGCCGACGGCGUCGAUGAGCUUGGUGUGACCGGGUCAGCUCGUCGUGGACAACCGUCGCUGCGGUGGCGGCUCCCACUGGUUGUCUGCUUCCUACAAAUACUCCGCUGCUCCUCCAGCGCCGGGCUUGGUGGAGAUGGCCCAACGGCGUUGCGCUUGUCUCCCCUGGUGCAAGGAGCCGCCGGGCUGCUCCUCGAGAACUACCGGGACGAGCUGGAGGCCACCAUCCCAUCCCCGCUUAUCGAUGCUCACCAGGAAAGCACAACAUCGGUCAUGGUGGCAGAAGCUUGGGCGCAUGUCGAUCAACAACGGGCGCGGGCGGAACUGCUGUCGAUAUUCCGCGGCCAGUGGGAGAACGGUUUGGUCCCUACCGUUAGGUACGCCCCGGGCUACGAGGCCGAUUUUCUCGGGGGAUCGUUCCUCCCGGGUCCCGGGGGUUGGGGUGGCCGUAGCAGCGAUAAAAACGCCUCCUCGGCACAGUCGGCGGGCGGCGCCAACACUUCCUCUCUGGCCGCGAUUCCCCUACAUGCGGAGGCGGCGCUGCGGAUCUUCGACCUGUCUCCCAGGGACGCCGAAGCCCGCCUUUGGCUGCAAGACCUAUUCCCGGCCCUGUUCCGGUACCACGACUACCUGCACGGGAGCCGAAACGAUCCAGAGACGGGCCUCGUGUACGUGCACCACCCCUGGGAGACGGAAGUGUCCGCGGAUUCGGCGCUUUGGCCCUCGCUGCUGGCGGACGCGCGAGCACAAGCCACGAAGGAGUCCUGGGUGCCGCCGCCGAUCCCAUCAUCUGUGUCCUCGGUGGCCGGGUUUCCGGGCAAAAAAGCGUUUCAGGCCGCCAUCUUCCUGUCCGACUGCUCUGCCCGGCACGGCCGUGUCGACGAGGACGUACAGCGGGAGUGUCCGUUCCUGCUGCAGGAUGUCCAGUUCAACGCGGCCCUUAUGCGGUCGGACAAAGCGCUGCUGGAGCUGGCGGGGAUCCUGGAGGCCACGCGGAGCGGCUGGCAAACCAAGACUUUUCUGGCGCGUCCCGCGACAAGCUCCGGUUUCUCGGCCCUUCUCUCCCCCGGGCUGGCGCCGUUCAAGGCAAACGCGGCCAUCGAGGCCCUCCUUUCCCCCGGAGACGUGUCGUUCCGGUGCGGAGACUUCCCCGUCAUGGACCUGGAGUGCGGCUACGGAGAGAACGCUUCCGGCGGCGGCUGGGGUGGACUAGGGGUGGUGGAAGGUGUCGGUGAGAUCGGCGGCGGCGGCGGCGGCGGUGAUGGUAGUGAUGGUGCUGGUGACCGCGGCAUCGUCACGGGGAGCGGGGACGGCGGCGCGGCGGUGCUGUUUAGCCCGGCGGCGGCGGGUCCCGGGCUGGAAGAGCUUGGUGUGGAAGGGGAUGCUGGUCAGCUCGAGUCGCGGGUGGCGAACACUAGGAGGACGGCGGCGGAGGUGCCGGCGGUACCACCACCGGCAACAGAUUUUUCAGCGGAAGCGACGACGGCGGCAAGGUUUGAUGCCGAAGACGGCGGCAGCAGCAGUCGGGUGUGGGUCCUACACAACUUCCUCGCGGUGCGCGGGCUGCGCCGCCUGUCGCUGAACGGCCUCUCCGUGUGGCUGGCCAACUCCACGUCCUCCCUGCUCGGGAACCCACCAGAGGGAGAGUACGAAUACCGCUACUACUACGGGGCCCGGGCGGACGACGGCGGCGGCGGGGAAGACGACGAUCUCCUUUUUCGAUUCCACCGCGCUUUUGACGGUUUCAGCGGACUGCCGCUGCCGGGGCCCGAGGGCAACAGCUCCUCCCUCGCCGCCGCCGCCUCGAUACUCCUCCUGCUUGGAGACGCGCCUGACGGGGGGAACGACUUCCCUCCGAUAACGCAUGCCACGCUGUUUAUGCUUGUGGCGGUGGAGCUAGCGUUUUCUUUCGCGAUGGGCGUCUCGUGCCUGCUCUUCAACGUGAGCCUCCUGCGGAAGCUAGCCAAGGAGGACCAGCCGACGCACCACAGCCAGGGAAGGCACAGCAUCGGCGACGGCGGCAGCAACAACGGCGGAGGCGGCGGCGGCGGCGGAAUAAACGGGAACAUCGGUAACACCGCCGUCGGGGUAGCGAGAACGAAGGCGGAAGACGGGGACAGAAACGAGGCGCAAGGGGAGCGGGUGGGAGGCGCCGGCGACUCUUGGCGGAGGAGAGGGAGGGGUUCGUCGUCAGCGGCGUCGGCGGUGACCGCCGGCGCUGAGUUCGGCCAAGGCCGAGGAAUCGGCAGCCUGCUGUCGAGGAGGGCAGGGUCCCGGGUGGACCUGUACUAUGACGACGACAGUGGCGAGGAUUACUUGGAGACCGUGGCGAUGAGCACGCGGGAUACGGCGGCGGGCGGCCGGGCUGAUGCAGGCCGGAGCAGCGUGGACUCGUUGGAAGACAGCGACACCUACAGCAGUAGCGACGGGCGACUUGACAUGGACGACAGCGAAAGCGACGGCCGCGGCAGUUUCCAGCACCGGGAGCAGCCGUUCCGAAGCGGCCAGCGAGAGGGUAGGGCGCAGGAGAUCCCUCGGCCCCGGUCGAGGACAAACACGCUGGGCAGGAGAAGAAGGUCGUCGGGCGUGAGUCGAGGCGCGAGCACGGCAGCAGACGAAGACGAAGAAAGUAGGAUGGCGCUUAUUGGCGGCGGGGUGGGCGGGACUGUUGGUAGCGGCAACGCCGGCGGCGGCGGCAGCGGCGGUCGCGGUAGCAAUCGCGUGGGGUUUGUCGACCUGCUGAGGCCGUUCAUGGCCUCAGUCAAGUUUUGGUGA